AUAAACAUGUGUAAGCGUCUAUACCAAAAAAAAAAAAAAAAAGAAACGAUUCCCGAUUAUUCUACAAUUCAAAUGAACGAAAAUUAAAAUUAAAACUAUAUUUAAUCAACAAAUUUAAAGACAAACGUGUAUACAAUCUAAUAAAUAUAAUUUUAAAAAUAAUGACAGUUACUUGUAUUGUUUGUAAGGGAAAAGCGGAAGGAAGGGCAGAACUCAUGUUUCACAAAUUUCCCAAUAAUGAAGAAUUAAGGAAAAUUUGGAUAAAAAAUAUGGAAAUUGAUCGUGAAUUAUCAAAAAGUUCGCGACUCUGUUCAAUUCAUUUUUCACAAAAAUGUUUUAAACCCGCUUUUUAUACGGGUACACCACGUUUAAUUGAAGGGGCAAUUCCAACAAUUAAAAGUUUAGAAGAAUUUAUUGAAUUAGAAACAGAAGACGAAACAAUUGAUAAUAAAGAAUCAAAUGAAACAAUAACAAUAGAAAAUAUUGAAUCAAACAUUGAGAAUGCUCAUUCAUUAACAAAAGAAUUUAAUAACAAGAAUCAAGAUGAACAAGAAGAAAAUAAAGAAGAAUUUGAUUUUGAAAAUAUCGAAGAAUUCAGUCCAGAUGAAUACAGUGAAUCCGAGGAUAAAAAAAUAAUUGAGGAACAACAAUUUAAUUAUCGAAGAAUGACAGUGAGAACAAUUAAUGAAGAAACAUUUACUAAAUUACCGGAUAAACAGAAAAUUAUGUAUUUUAUGGAAGCAAAACAAUUAAUUGAAAAAUUAGAUUCCAAAGUAAUAUCACUUCAACGAAGUAAUAAUAAUUUUAAAAGAAAAUCCGAAAAUUUACAAACAUUCGUAAAAAAUAUGAAGGACGAAAUUAAAAAGAGAAAUAAAACAGCAAAAAUUGAAUGGUAACUUGUAAAUUACACUGUA